AUGAACCGACUAUUCGGCACCAAGAGUGCGGCUCCCAAGCCCACUCUGGACGGCGCCAUCUCCAAUGUGGACAACCGCGUCUCCAGCAUCGACGUCAAGCUCGCGGCGCUAAACUCCGAGCUGACAACCUACCAAGCCAAAAUCGCCAAGAUGCGCGACGGGCCCGGUAAGAACGCCCUGCGACAAAAAGCGCUGAAGGUGCUGCAGCGCCGCAAGCAGUACGAGGCACAGCGGGACCAGCUCUCGCAGCAAUCAUGGAACAUGGAGCAGGCGGGGAUGAUGCAGGACAAUCUGAAGAACGUGAUGACGACUGUGGACGCAAUGAAGACGACGACCAAGGAGCUGAAGAAGCAGUAUGGCAAGGUUGAUAUCGAUAAGAUCGAGCGCAUGCAGGAUGAGAUGGCCGAUUUGAUGGAGGUCGGCAAUGAGAUCCAGGAGAGUAUCUCGCGCGCAUAUGAUGUGCCAGAGGAUGUGGAUGAGGCGGAGUUGGAUGCUGAGCUGGAGGCUCUGGGCGAGGAGUCGAUGUUUGAGAGCAGUAUGGCGGAGAGUGCGAUGCCGAGCUUCUUGCAGGAUGAGGUUGCGCCGCCGCAAUUUAUUGAUGAGCCGCCGGAGCACGCGCAGCUGAAGGAGCCCGCGGGAGGUACGGCGUGA